UAUGGUACAUGUCCGAUGAAUACCUAGAAGUUAUUAAAGGAAAACACAUAUCCCCUAUGAUGUACUGGUGCAUUAAGGGUAUAUGUGUAGUGUAACUGAUCCCGUUCUUGCACCACAAAUACUUUUCAUUUUAUGAUAUAAAUACCACAUCCGUUCCCUGCAGCAGUAAAACGGUCAUAUUUGUUCACAAGCGACGGAGUGCGCGGGAACGCUGUUGGAUAAGUAGUUAGUAUUUUGUUUUCGUAGACAAGAAAGCUUCGCGCGUUGUAAUUCAGGUUGGUUUUUGUUGCAGUUUUUGUUACAUUGUUGUUUUAAAAAUAAAGAAUAAAUUAUUAUGAGUACUGAAAGUGAAAAAGAAGAUAGUGAUCCUUUUCACAGUUCGGAGAGCGAAUAUCAACCAUCCUCACAAAGUUCAUCUUCUGAAUGUGAAACUGUCGAACCAGUAGAAGUACCAGAAGCCAACGGAACUAUAAAGAAAAAAAAGCGUGAUGUGAAAAGUUGGAAAAGGAAUAUGCAAAAGGUAAAAAGAGCUAAAGGAGAAACCUAUAAGUCCAUAACGUCGGGAAAAAUAGUACCAUCAAGAACACAAGGCAGUGACUGCAAAUGUGAAAAGGAGUGUAUAAAAAGGCUUUCUCCUGAUGAGAAAAAUGAACUAUUUUCAUCAUUUAAUGAUCAAGAAAAACAGGAUUCAUAUCUAUCUAGCUUAAUAACGGUUAGCCAGAUUAAAAGACGUCGUAAAAAUAAUUUAAACAUUAAUCCACAAAGAAAUUAUACCUACAAGUAUAAGCUUAGAAAGGGAGCAUUCGAGUUACCAGUCUGUAAGCAAGCUUUAUGUUUGAUCCACGGAAUCGGCAAAAAGCGCUUGGAACGCAUAGCAAGUCAUUUAACAGCCAACGUAACUCCUGUUCAAGAUAAAAGAGGUAAGCACGGUGAUAGACCAAAUAUGAUUCCGAAAUUUUUAAGAAAGCAAGUUCGUGAGCAUAUUGAGAGCUUUCCUAAUAAAAUAUCGCAUUAUUUUCGAGCAAGAAGCAGCAAGCAGUAUUUGUCUCCUGAUUUAAAUCUUACAAUCAUGUACGAUCUAUACCUAAAAAAAUUUGAGCCAGAAAAUUACAAACUAAAACAAGACGAACUACCGUUUAAACCUAAAAUAUGUUAUGAUUUUUAUGGUCGUUAUUUUCGGGAAAAUUUUAAUAUCAGUUUUGGCCGUCCAAGGAAAGAUACGUGCAAAAAAUGUGAUAUGUUCGAAAACAAGAUUCAGGGAGCUGAAUCAGAAGAAGAGAAGUUUCGAAACCCAAAAAAAACUACAUGUUCUAGGGUCUGAGUGGUUCUACAAGGAACUGAAAGAAAAAUCAAAAGAGGCAGAAGAAAAUGAUCAUGUUGAACUUCUGUCUUUUGACUUUCAGCAAAAUAUGCCACUUCCCAAGGUACCAUCUGGAGAUACUUUUUAUUUGCGUCAGCUAUGGGUUCAAAAUUUUUGUGUGCAUUCGGCGAAAAAAAAUCGGGACAUUUUUUUAGGUAUGAUGAAACUAUUUGUAAAAAAGGAGCCAACGAUGUUUUAAGCUUUUUAUAAUAUUAUAUUGAGAACAUACUCAGCGCAAACGUAAAAAUUCUGUACUUAUUUAGUGAUAACUGUUGCGCUCAAAAU